GGCCCAGCCCUUUGGCUCGGACCCGCCCCAUUCACUCUACAGUCUGUCACACAAAUAAGGAGAAAGUUGUUUGCAGGUCCAGAAAUCGAUUGGAAAGAACAGUUAGCUGCUCUAAGAGCUCUGCCCGCGGGAAGAAUGUGCAGCUUCGAGCCUGGGGGCUGCCGGAUUUCCGAGCCGGGUGCACCCGCGCCCCCGAGCGCCGUGGCCCUAGGCCGGAGCAUGGGAACCCCCAAGCCCCGGAUUCUGCCCUGGCUGAAGUCGGCUCUGGACGAGGGCACCUUUGAAGGCGUAGCCUGGCUGGAUGAAAGCCACACGCGCUUCCGCGUGCCCUGGAAGCACGGCUUGCGGCAGGACGCCCAGCCCGGGGACUUCAGAAUCUUUCUGGCCUGGGCAGAGGCCAGCGGUGCCUACGUCCCUGGGAGAGAUCCGCCUGACCUGCCGACCUGUAAGAGGAACUUUCGAGCUGCUCUGAACCGGAAGGAGGGUCUGCGUGUCGUUGAUGACCGGAGCAGGGAUCCCCAGGACCCACACAAGAUCUAUGAGUUUGUGACCCCAGGAGCUGGGGACUCUUCAGAGAUGGACAACUCUCCAGACUCCCAGGAAGUUCUGGUGUUACUGAACGGCCUGGGCUUGGCCCCUGAAUAUAGGGUGCCCUCAGCUCAGAACACGGCCCUUGAGCCCACCUUUCCGCCCUUAGAUAACACUGCUUUCGAACCCUCUGACAACGCAGCCAUGCCAGAGUUGGUGCCCAGAGAUGCCUGGGAUUUCGAGGUGACGGCCUUUUACCGGGGCCGCCAGGUCUUCCAGCACACGUUCUCCUGCCCAUCGGGUCUGCGGCUGGUAGGACCAGAUGCGGGGGACGACGGGACACUGCAGGGACUGCCCGUCGCUCUGCCAGACCCUGGCAAUUUCCUGACAGACCAGGUUGUGAAGGACUAUGUGACUCGGGUGCUGGGCUCCCUGGGCCGGGGGCUAUGGCUCUGGAGGGAGGGGCAGUGGCUCUGUGUCAAGAGGCUGGGUCACUGCCACACCUUCUGGGCCCUGGGGGACGAGCUGCUGCCCCCGGACAGCUGUGGACCUGAUGGUGAGGUCCCCAAGGAGCCUGGAAAAUAUGUGUUCAACCUGAGGCCCUUCGUGGAAGGUCUGAUCGACUUCAUCAAUGGAAAGCCAAGCUCGCCACACUUCACCCUCUGGUUCUGUAUGGGGGAGUUGUGGCGCCAAGAACAGCCAUGGACCAAGAGGCUGGUGAUGGUCAAGGUUGUCCCCACGUGCCUUAAGAGCCUUCUAGAGAUGGCGAGGGAAGGGGGUGCAUCCUCGCUGAACGCCGUGGAACUGCACAUCUCUGACCAGCCCCAGCCACUGGCCCUGUCCUCGGACCAGUACAGGGCCUACCUGGAGGACAUGCUGGAGGACAUGGAACAGUAGGGCCCGGUCUGGCACAGCAGGACCCCAGCCGGCCAACUCUGGGUUUCCAUUAAAAAUCACUUUGCCUUUC